GGAGAUGUCCUUUAUUGUUAGGUCAAAGUCUGAGGAGGGAAUAAUAGAGAGAGGGAGCAUUUGAAACCCCAGAAACAGUUUUCAGAGUCCACAAGCCAGACAUCUCUCCUCCAUGGCUGGGAUGCAGAGGCUAUCAUGGCUUUUCUUUUUAAACUUGCUCCUUCUGGUGGAUCUGCAGGACAAGCCAAGGGACGAUGCACAAUUGACACAGCCUCGGAUGUUUUCAGAUAGUGGUCACCUUGUUUUCACCACCGGUGACAGUAAAGACAUCCGCUUCCAGGCCUCAGCAUCGGGCCGGGUCAAAGUUGGGGAUGAAGACCUCACCCAACUUUUGAGUCAGAUCAAAGUCAACAAAGAAGAGAUUAAUGAAAUUAAGACUCAUGGAGGUGCAAUUCCACCGGAAAUCACCAACCACCUAAAUCAGCUUGAUACCAAGGUGUCAACAAUGGAGACCAAAUUAAAUGCUCUUGAAUUGACAGUCCAAAAGGUGUCUUGCAAUAGUAACCCCUGCCAGAAUGGAGGAACAUGUCUGAACUUACUAAACUCCUAUCACUGUGUGUGUCCCAACAACUGGACUGGCCAAAACUGUGCCACAGAUGUAAAUGAAUGUCAGCUGUAUUCAGGAACCGUGCAGGGUUGUCAGAACGGUGCAACCUGUAACAACAGUCCUGGAUCAUUCACAUGUAAUUGUUCUCCAGAAUGGUCAGGGAGUCUCUGCACCGUGCGUUACGACGACUGCAGAAAUGCAGGGCAAGACCUGUGUGUCCGGGGUUUAUGUAUUGAUGCAGAUCGGAUUACACCUGGACAGCCCAAUUUCAAGUGCAUCUGUGAGAACGGCUGGGAGGCUCCGCCUGGGAACCCAGCGUGUGUGGCAGAUGUUAAUGAGUGUAACUUAUCCACGCCGCCUUGUUCCACCAACCCUCUGGUUCCCUGCCACAACACUCAGGGUUCUUUCUACUGUGGAGACUGUCCUUCAGGUUGGCAAGGCAAUGGCUACAGCUGUCAAGAUGUAGAUGAAUGCCAGACAAAUAAUGGUGGCUGUUCCACCACUCCAAUGGUGCCGUGCCUGAAUACGAUGGGUUCUUUCCACUGUGGCUCCUGUCCUCCAGGUUAUGAGGGGGAUGGGAAGACAUGCACACAAGCUGAUAUCUGCUCUUCAAACAACGGAGGCUGUUACCCCACGGCAACCUGCACCUCCAGUUUAGGUUCAAGCCUCCCUGUGUGUACCUGCCCACCUGGAUUCACGGGCAAUGGCUUUGGUCCAACUGGUUGCGCCCAGUUGAGUAACAUCUGUCAAACCAACAAUCCCUGUGUCAACGGACAGUGUGUGAGCACUAGCACAGCUCCCGGCUACAUCUGUAACUGCAAUCCUGGUUGGCAAGGAACCAACUGUGACCAGAACAUCGACGAAUGCGCCAGCAGCCCUUGUCAAAAUGGAGGAACCUGCACCGACGGCAUUAAUGGAUUCUCGUGCACCUGCACAGCCCAGUGGACCGGCCCACUCUGUCAAACCGCACAACAAGAGUGUGGAGGCUAUCUGACUGGCCCCGCUGGUUCUUUCAGCUAUCCCAACACGCCAGGUCACGAUGACUAUGACCACCAGGUCAGCUGUGCAUGGGUGAUCCACACCGAGCCUCAUAAGAUUCUGCGCAUCACAUUUCCUUUUUUUCACCUGGAGAGCAGCACCAACUGCAACUUUGACUUUCUUCAGAUCCAUGAUGGGGACAGUGCCUCUGCCCACAUGCUUGGAAAAUAUUGUGGCCAAAAUAACCCCCAAGAACUUCACAGCUCAUUCAAUUCGCUAUACUUCUGGUUUCGCUCUGACCACUCUGUCAGUGCUGGUGGCUUCACAGUCGCCUGGCAGAGUCAGGAUCCAGUUUGUGGAGAGGAACUAACCGCUCCCUAUGGCAGCAUAAACUCACCUGGUUAUCCCGGAAACUACCCCCCUGGUCGGGACUGCUACUGGACCGUGACCGUGGAACCUGGCCUCCUCAUCAUGUUUGCAUUUGGGACCCUCAGUCUGGAAAAUCAUCCUGAUUGCAACUUUGACUUUCUCGAGAUCAGGGAUGGCCUUCUUCCUGAGGACCCAGUCAUCGGAAAGUACUGCAGCACUGGACUGCCCCCCCCCUUACAGACGACAGGCCCAAAUGCAUGGAUCCACUUCCACUCAGACUCCAGCGUCUCAGACAGAGGCUUCCACAUUACAUAUACAACUUCCCCAAGCGACCCUGGUUGUGGUGGUACGUUCACUGACAGUGAGGGCAUCAUCAUUUCCCCAAACUGGCCUAAUAACUAUGCCCACAACCGCCAGUGUAUCUAUUUGAUCAGGUUGCCAGCAGGUGAAAAGGUGGCCCUUAAUUUCACUGAUAUGGAUCUGGAAAGCCACAGCAACUGUGCUUUUGACUUUGUAGAGGUUCGUGAUGGAAUAACAGAACAGGAUCCAUUGAUAGGAAAGUACUGUGCGAGCACCCUGCCAGCUCCCAUACUCUCAUCCUCCAACUUUUUAUGGAUUCGCUUCAAGUCUGACAGUUCAGUUAGCCGAGCUGGCUUCAGGGCAGUCUACAGUGUUGGAUGUGGCGGUACGUUAUCGGGAACAGGACAAUUGCGCUCGCCCUACCACCCAAAUGCUUAUCCCCACAACAAGGUCUGCGAGUGGGUCAUUAACCAGCAGGAGGGUUAUGUGGUCACACUUAACUUUCUGUCCUUUGACGUCGAGGGAGGCUCCUGCCGCUAUGACUAUGUCGAGGUCAGAGACGGGUCCACAUCGAGCUCUCCUCUGCUCGGGACAUUUUGUGGUGACCAACUCCCCUCCAGGCUUCAGUCCACGCAGAGGUCUUUGUACAUCAAAUUCAGAACAGACGCUUCUGUGAGCAACAAUGGCUUUGAAGCAGCUUAUGGCUCUGCCCUGAAAGGAUGUGGGGAAACCCUGACAGAUCUCUCAGGCGUAAUCACCAGCCCCGGCCAUCCCACCAGCUACCCCCACGGUGCAAACUGUACUUGGUUCAUCAGUGUUGUGCCAGGCCACUUGAUCCGCUUGUCAUUUGACUCGUUUAAUCUGGAGUACCAUGCCAACUGUAAUUUUGAUUACGUGGAAAUCUAUGACAAUGGCACAGUGCAGACCGGAAACAAGAUCGGCAGGUACUGUGGCCGUUCAGUGCCGCCAUCCAUCACAAGUUCGGACAGCCAACUGACCCUGCUGUUCGUGUCCGACUCAAGUUUAGCCACCGAAGGAUUCUCUGCCAGCUACAUAUCUAUCAAUGCCACCACAGACUGUGGAGAGUCCUUCAGCUCUCCUACAGGCUUCUUCAGCUCACCCAACUAUCCCGACUUCUACCCUAACACAAGAGACUGCGUCUUCAAGAUCACCGUUGAGCUCAACAUGCAGAUUAAACUGAAUUUUUCAAAUUUUGAGUUAGAGGGCUCGCCCCCUUCUUGCAACUUUGACUUUGUGGAGAUCAGGGAUGGUGGCUAUGAGACAUCCCCCUUCAUUGGCAAGUUCUGUGGAGAUCAGAGACCCCCAGUUUUGGUGUCCCAUAGCAACCGCUUGUGGGUAAGAUUCCGCUCUGAUGCCACUGUUACACGUCGUGGAUUCAUGGCCUAUUGGGAUGGAACGCAGACUGGCUGUGGAGGGACACUGACAACUGCAUCUGGGAUGUUUUCCUCUCCCAACUACCCGCUGCCAUAUCAUGCCAAUGCUGAGUGUUACUGGAACAUUCAGGCCAGUCAAGGCAGCCAACUCCAGCUGUCGUUCUCCGAUUUUCACCUGGAGUCCAGCUCCUCCUGCUCCUACGACUACGUUGCUGUGUACGAUGGAAACAGCAGUAACGCUCCAGAGCUGGCAAAGCUUUGUGGCAUUCAGUUGCCUAUGACCAUCAACGCGUCCAGCAGUCAGCUGUACGUCAAACUCCGCACGGACGCCAGCGUCGCCGCUGGAGGAUUCCUCGCAUCGUAUAGUUCCAAAUGUCAGAACAUAGUCAUCUCAGGACAACACAGAGGAGUGAUUGAGUCGCUCAAUUUUCCCAACCUCUACCCUGCCAACUCCCUCUGCAGCUGGACAAUAGAGGCCACCACCGGAAACACUGUCAACUACACUUUCAAUGCCUUCCAGUUGGAGCGCACUUCAAGCGGAUGUAUCCAUGACUACAUCAAGCUCUAUGAUGGGUCCAACGAGCAAGCUCCACUGAUUGGUACAUUCUGUGGGUACAGUCCACCCCCAGCCAACAGCACCACGAGCUCAGCUCUCACCAUGACGUUCAGAACGGACUCCACCGUAUCCAUGUCUGGAUUUCAGAUGAUUUGGUACCAGAACGGUUGUGGUGGGGACCUGUCUGGUCCUAAUGGGUCCUUCAGUAGCCCUGGCUAUCCGAACAAGUAUCCUGAAAACAGAGAGUGCAUCUGGUAUAUCACUUCAGCUGCUGGCACCAGUAUAACUCUCACCAUCCACGAGUUUGAUGUGGAGUUCCAUCAAACCUGUAACUAUGACGUGCUUGAAGUGUACGGAGGCCCUGACUUGUCAGCCCCCCGGUUGGUUCAGCUCUGCACCACCACAUCACAGCCCAUGCAUGUCUCCAGCACGGGCAACCUGCUCACCGUGCGCUUCAAGUCCGAUUCCUACGUCAGCGGUCGAGGAUUCAAUGCAAGCUGGUCCGAAAACCAGGGAGGGUGUGGAGGAACUGUCUCGGCUCCUUCCGGGAGCAUCCAUUCCCCCAUGUAUCCCAACAACUAUCCAAACAAUGUGGACUGUUCCUGGGUCAUCAGUGUGGAUCCCCACCACCGUGUCUUGUGGAACUUCACUGACCUGGACAUUGAAAACCAUAGCAACUGCUCUUGGGAUUAUGUUGCCAUCUAUGACGGCCCGAGCUCAUCUUCUCCUCUACUUGCUCACGUUUGUGGCACCAGCGCUCCCCCUGUCACCUCCACUCAGCACAGCAUCUUUGUCCGCUUUAGGUCCGACUCCAGUCGCAGCCACCGGGGUUUCAGUGCUACCUUCUCAGAAGCAUGCGGCACGACCAUUAUAACCGACAAUAAUGGGGGGUCUAUUGCAUCGCCCCGGUACCCUGCACUAUACCCACCAAAUCAGAACUGCAGCUGGAUUAUCAAAGCACGUGAACCAUUCAACCAUGUGACCCUGUCAUUCACUGACUUUGACCUGGAAAGAAUCAACUCCAAUUGCUCACACGAUGCCGUGGAGAUCCUUGAUGGAGACAACUAUCAGGCGCCUUCCAUAGGGCGCUACUGUGGCUCUGACAUACCGCAUCCAGUGACGUCUUUCAGCAACUCCAUGGUCGUCAACUUCAUCUCUGACGUAUCCGUCUCCAGAAAAGGGUUCAGAGCCACUUACACUGCCUCCACCUCCAGUUGUGGAGGAGAUCUGGUGAUGCAGAACGGGGUGUUUAACAGUCCCAACUAUCCAGAUGCUUAUCCACCGAAUAUGGAAUGUGUCUGGACCAUCAGAAGCUCGCCAGGAAAUCGUCUCCAGCUCUCUUUUAUUAUGUUUAAUCUUCAAGGAGACUCAAGUUGUCAGAACGACUAUUUGGAAAUCAGAGAAGGAAACUCCACAGGGUCCCUCGUUGGUCUCUUCUGUGGAAACAUGCUCCCCUCUAACUACACCUCUGUGAUUGGCCACAUCCUCUGGGUUAAGUUUGUCUCAGACGCAUCAGUUAGCGGAGAAGGAUUUAGAGCAACAUUCUCACAUUUGUAUGGAAUCGAUCUGAUUGGGGAUUCUGGUGAGAUCGCAUCCCCGCUGUAUCCCAGGACUUACCCCAAUAACGCCCACUACCGCUGGACCAUCAAUGUGGCCGGAGACAGCUACGUCCAGAUCUCCUUCCUGGAUAUGGACAUAGAGGACACGCAAUAUUGCAACUAUGACUACCUGAAAAUAUUCGAUGGCCCGGAUGUUCAUAGCUAUCCCAUUGGUACAUUCUGUGGCCUCGGCUUGCCUUCCCCCGUACGAAGUUGGGGAAGCACUGUCACCUUGCAGUUCCUGUCAGAUUCAGUGGUGGCAGGACGAGGCUUCCUGGUGAAAUGGAAGGCCGUGCAGGACUCUGGACCAUCACCUACUAUUACACCAGGUGCAUGUGGAGGGAUGCUCAUAACAGGAGAGACUCCCGGUUUCCUUUUUUCCCCUGGAUGGCCGGACGAAUACCCCCCUAACCAGGAGUGUACUUGGCUGCUACGUUCCCCAGACUCAACCGUGGAGUUUAACAUCUUGUCUCUAGACAUGGACGGCUACCCAGGCUGCUACUCUGAUAGCCUUGUUAUCAGAGAUGGUGCAACAAGUCUGUCUCCCGUGCUAGCGACUGUGUGUGGUCGGAAUCCUCAAGGUCCUUUCCACUCAACAGGAGACUCCAUGUUCAUCCAUUUCUCUUCAGACAGCGUCAUGAAUGGCCACGGAUUCAAUGCCUCCUACUCCAAAGGUUGUGGGGGCUUUCUGCAUGUAAAUAGAGGAACGGUCAGCAGUCCCCACUAUCCGCAGAACUACAUGCCUGGUCUGGACUGCCGCUGGCACGUGAUGGUCACACCCGGCUUUAAAGUGUCCGUAAAUUUCCUAAGACCCUUCCAGAUUCAGGGAUAUGGAACCGGAUGUAGCUCAGGAGACUACCUGGAGGUCAGAAAUGGUCCAGAUGACUCAUCUCCACUACUUGGAGAACGGAUCUGUGGUUCAAGCCCCCCGUCAAUGAUCCAGACCACUGAUAGCGACAUGUAUAUCAAAUUUGUAUCUGAUGCCAGUAAUGAGGCUAAUGGCUUUAAACUGACCUUUGAGGCCCAUAGUACGGCAUGUGGAGGCUUCAUUGAGCUUAAUGAUAACGACCCACCGGGUUACAUUACCUCACCUAACUAUCCUCAGAAUUAUCCUCAAAAUAUUGACUGUAUCUGGGUGAUAACUGUUCCAAAUGGAGAAGCUGUCCAAAUUGAUUUUGAGGAUGAAUUCAACAUUGAACAAACAGCGAGUUGUGCAUAUGAUUACUUGGAACUGCGUGAUGGCUCAACAUCCAAUUCUGAUGUAAUUGCGAGGCUAUGUGGCAGCACCAGACCAUCGACCCAGCAUUCAACACAGUCCGCCAUGUUUCUUAGAUUCCGCACUGACCAUAGUGUUACUCAUAAAGGAUUUAAGGCAAAGUACUCCAUAGCAACAUGUGGAGGAACCUAUAUUGGUCAAAUGGGAACAAUCCACAGUCCUGGCUUCCCUGAUUCUAGCUAUCCUGAUGGCAGCAACUGUGAGUGGUACCUUGAGGGGCCCACUGGACAUUAUCUAACCAUAAGCUUUGACAGUUUCAGCCUUCAAACAACUCCAGGGUGCACUGCUGACUAUGUGGAGAUCAGAGAGUAUAAUGCCUCUGGACGACUUUUGGGCCGACACUGUGGCAGUAAUCUACCACCUUCCAUGGACACUUCUGACAGUUUUGCUUAUGUCAAAUUUGUGACUGACUUAAGUGGAAAUGCAGCUGGAUUCAGUCUAUCAUUUGAAGCCAGUAUUGAAGCUUGUGGAGGGCAACUGAAUGCCCCAUCAGGGACCAUCUCCUCUCCCAAUUACCCCAAUUUAUAUCCUCACAGUCGAGUGUGUCACUGGGAGGUGGUGGUGGCUCCAGAUCGUAAGGUUACUCUCACCAUCAAUGACCUCCGGCUGGAAGGUUCCAGUGGUGCCUGUGUGUUUGACUACCUUGAUAUAUACAACGGAUUAGCGGAGGAUGCUCCUCGCUUACAUCGACUAUGUGGUACAGUCCCAGCAGGCACUCAAGUGCGUUCCUCUGGAAACACAAUGUCCAUUGUGUUCUACACAGAUGCUUCUGUAUCCAGUGGUGGCUUCAUGGCCUCUUACGUCUCUGAUGAGCCUGCAGAUUGCGGGGGAGUCCUUAACAACCCAGCCGGUGGGAACUUCAGUUCCCCAGGCUAUCUUGUGUCCAAUUACAGUGACAACCUCAAUUGUGAGUGGACGAUUCAAAACCCACAUCAUAUAAACUCCUCUAUCGUGGUGCUUAUUGAAGACUUGCACCUGGAGAACCAUCAGACGUGUGACUCAGACUAUCUCCAGUUCCGCUUUGGUGAUUCUGAUGGAGAACUUUUGGCCAAGUUUUGUGGACAGACCACGCCUCCAGUUCCAAUUGUGGUCUUUACCCCAAACCUGUGGGUUCAUUUUCAGACUGAUUCUUCUCAGGGAGACUUGGGCUUUAAGGCCAAGUACAUGUUCUCUGAAUGUGGAGGCUGGCUGACGGAUGAAGGAGUAUUUUCAAGUCCGAAUUACCCCAAUCCCUAUCCCAGUCCCAGUCGCUGUGCUUGGCUGCUUGAAGCUCCUGUGGGGCACACAAUCGUGUUGACCUUCAGCAACUUCAACCUGGAGCCCCACUCACAAUGUGGCUGGGACUCUGUGACAGUCUUCAAUGGCGCUUCCCCCGGUUCCCCCAUCAUCGGUCAGUACUGUGGUACCACCUCCCCAGGGACCAUCCGCUCAGGCUCCAACAAACUGGCUGUAGUUUUCCUGGCUGACCAUAGUGUGUCCCGAGGUGGAUUUGUAGCCUCGUGGUCUGCUGACUCUUCAGGAUGCGGAGGGGUAAUUCAUGCAGAUUCAGGUGUAAUCAAGUCACCAAACUAUCCACAGAACUUCCCAAGCAAUGUAGAGUGUUCCUGGCAGAUCAUUGCCCAUGAAGGAAAUCACUUGGAGAUGAGCUUCAGCAGGGAUUUUGAGAUUCCGGACAAUAGCGGCACCUGCGAAAAUAGUUAUAUCAAGGUGUGGGAAGGUACAAGUCAGAAUGCUGAAUCGCUGCUGGCCACAGGCUGUGGUUCCACGGCCCCAGGACCAAUCGUUGCUCCUUACAACACAAUCACCAGUCGAUUUCAGGCCACUGGGGCUCAGGGCAAGGGAUUCCAACUUUCCUUCACUACCAGGUGUGGUGCAAACUUCACGGCUUCCAGUGGACGUGUUUCCUCCCCAAAUUACCCAGCUAACUACCCUGACCGAUCCAACUGCAACUACACGAUAGAUGCUGGUGACAAGACUGUGAUCAUCCUCACCUUCCAAGUGUUCCAGUUAGAAGCGCACUCUACGUGUAUUCAUGACGGUCUGAAGAUCUACAACCUACUUACCAGUAGCACCCCUCUUGCUACUCUGUGUGGUACCAGCAUACCGGGGCCUUUUUCCACUUUUGGUCCCAUGCGACUGCAUUUCUACUCUGACUUUUCUGUCAGCAGUCGUGGCUUUAUGGCAGAGUACAGAGCCAUUCCAUGUGGCGGUUUCUUCAACAGCACUAUGGGGACAGUGAGCAGUCCAGCCCUGUCCAUGGCCAACUACCACCAUAACAUAAACUGUACCUACCAUAUAGAAGUCAGGGAAGACAAAGUGGUCGAUUUAAAGUUUAACACCUUCCACCUUGAGGCAUCCUCUUCGUGUCGCUAUGACUAUGUGGCAGUUUAUGAUGGGCAAGACACCUUUGCGCCCCUUCUGGGAAAAUUCUGUGGUACAGCGAUGCCCCCUAAUCUGCGCUCCUCCUCCAACAAGCUAUUCAUCGUGUUCAGGACAGAUGCCUCAGUGAAUGGGAUCGGCUGGAGAGCUGUAUACAGUCAAACACUUGGGCCAGCACAAGGAUGUGGUGGCUAUCUGUCCAUGCCUAUGGGCAUGUUUGGUUCCCCGGAUCCAAACCUGGAUGGACGCUAUGAGCCGGGGAUGGAUUGUGUUUGGACCAUUGAGAUGCCAGUGAACCAGGCCAUAAAUCUCACCUUCAGCUCUUUUGACCUCGAGAGCUCGUCCAACUGCCGCUACGACUAUGUCAAAGUGUAUGAUGGUGACAACAUGAACUUCCCUUUGGUCGGAACAUUUUGUGGCUCCUCUAUCCCUCCUACCUUUGUGUCUGGUGGAAACUUCCUGACGAUUCGUUUUGUCACAGACGGUUCAGUGCAGAGGCAGGGCUUCAACGCUACCUACAGAGCCCUACCAUUGGUUUGCGGUGGGACUCUAAAUGCCACAACCUCCAUACAGACCUUGACGUCUCCAUCCUUCCCGAGUGGAUAUCCUCCCUAUACUAACUGUCGUUGGAUCCUGGACGCUCCAUUCCAGGAAACCAUUCAAGUAUCAGUCGAAGUGUUUGUCCUCGGUCCUACCCAAAGUUGUGCCACAAAUUUCUUGGAGAUGAAAGACUGGCCUUUGGGAGAUCAUGGACAGUCGCACAAGUUCUGUGCAGUGGAUGCUCAUCCUCCAGACUUUUACAGUUACAGUAGGACAACCCUGGUGCACUUCAAAUCUGACAUGUUCAUGGAAGGAAAUGGCCUCAGAUUCACUUAUCGAAUUGCCAACUGCAGCCGAACCUAUGAACAAGAAUAUGGCUAUUUCAAAAGCCCUGGCUGGCCCGAUGUCUACCCCCACAAUAGUGACUGCGUCAUCAUCCUGAAGGCACCACAGGGCAGCUACAUCUCGCUCUUCUUCAACAAUUUUGACCUGGAAAGCCACACUAAUUGUCAAUAUGACUAUUUGGAGGUUCGUAAUGGAAGUACAGCAGAAUCCCCGAUGAUUGGACGCUUCUGUGGCAGCAGCCUGCCCAGCCCCAUCUUUCCACAAUCCGGCCUGCUCUACUUACGCUUCAAGAGUGACUUUUCCCACAGCCGAGAUGGUUUUGAUGCCACCUGGACAUCCUCCCCUCACGGUUGUGGUGGUACUUUGUACGGAGACCAUGGCUCAUUCGCAAGCCCCAACUACCCGGGAACUUAUCCGAACGCGACUCACUGUGAGUGGGGGAUCGUAGCUCCCAGAGGUCGUGUGGUGACUGUCACCUUUUACCAGCUCAGCAUAGAUGACAGGGGAGACUGUCUAAACAACUUCUUGAAGUUGUAUGAUGGCCCUAACAAUUCCUCACUUCCUGUUGGACCUUACUGUGGAAUGGAAACCAACAUUGCUCCGUUUACAGCCUCCUCAAACCAGGUCUACAUUGUUUUCCAAGCACAAUACUCCACAUUGCCAUCAGGAUUUAGACUCACCUGGAAUAGCUGAGAGAAUGCCUCUCUUUUUAUAUUUUCACACACAGAUUUCCAUGUAAAUGUCUGAAUUACAAAAUUUAAACAUGCAAUGUAUAAUUUUACCUCAAACUAAUUUAAUAAAUGAACAAAUUACAUUUUAAUAAAUACAUUAUUUCAAAGGUG